UGAUCAACGACUGCAAGAAAAAAUUACUUUGGUUUUGAAGUCGUUGUCCAUCAGUCCACAGUGAAAUCAUGAUGAAGAUUGUUCUUUUCGGUCUUUUGGCUGUCGGAGCCAUGGCUCAAUUUCCUGGAUUAAUGGGAGGAUUUGGAGGUCUUCCAAGUGGUGCCAUGGACAUGCUUAAAAACCUCAAACCAGACGACAUAAAAAACGCCAUCAAACACAUGUCUCCAGAAAUGAGAGACAUGGCUAAAAGUAUGGGAAUCACCGAAGACCAGAUAAAGAAAGCCGUCAACAACAUGCCAGAAGAUUUCGACAUGUCUUCCAUGGUUUCCGGUCUGUCCGAUAAGAUGAAAGACAACAAGGAUUCAAUGAAGAACAUGAUGAUGAAAGAAAUGGACGAAAUGAAAGAACAGAUGAAGGAGGAAUCUGUAGCAGAUUUCAAAAAUCAGAUGGACAACUUGGGAUUUGAUUUGAGUCAAGGUCCUUCUGGGUUCAGAGGUCAAAUUUUGCCCAAAAUUACAGAAAUGAUGGGAGAAAAUCUUAGAUACGAAGGUAUUGAUACAAAUGAUCAUGAAGCUCUCCGUAAAAGCGUCCAUGUUGAGAUCCGAAUGAUGAUUGGUGCUAAAAGCGACGCCCCUAACGACGAAGUCAGAAGAAUGCUCAAAGAAAAAAUCAUGGAAGAAAUGAAAGAAGAAGGAGUUGAAUUCGAUAAGGAAAAGGCACAGGGUGAAUUCAAGAAAGCAAUGAUGGGACAGUUGAAAGAUAUGGGAAUGGACGCCAAAGACGAUAUUGACCCAAGCUCAUUGAAAGACAUGUUGAGAACCGCCAUGAAAUCCGGUAAAUUUGGAAAUUCUCAAGGUAUGAUGCAGCAGUUCCUCCCAAUGAUGAACCUGGACAUCAAAAUUGAUGCUUGAACAGUUUAAUUGUUAUUAUCAAUGAUAUUUCAAAAUAGUAAAUUGUAUAAUAGAAUACAAGUACUUGUUACUGUCAGUGUCUUUUUGCAUUAAAUUAACGAUUUAAUG